UUCAAAUGAAAAUAAAAAUUACUUGAUAUCAAAUAAAAGUUUUCGAAUUAGGUAACGCUAAAAUAAAAAAGAUCUUUUACCAAGAUGUCCACCUACAAAAUGGAAACGGCCCCGUUUGAUCCACGUUUUCCCAAUGCGAAUGUGACUCGCUAUUGCUGGCAGUCGUACGUCGAUUUCCAUCGCUGUCAGAAGAAGCGCGGCGAGGAGUUUACGCCUUGUAACUACUUUCAGAGGGUCUACAGAUCGAUGUGUCCCAAUGGCUGGGUGGAGAAAUGGGACGAACAGCGAGCCAGUGGCACAUUUCCGGGACGAAUCUAAAUAACAAUAAGGGGAUGAUAUUCUACACCACCAACACCAACAACAACGGCAGCAAAAAACACUAACGAUCGUUGAGCGUUUCUUCUUCUUUUGCGACACAACAUCAUAUAUGUACAUCUAUUAA